AUGUCUUACCGUGGUCCAAAUCAAUUUAAUAAUCAAUUUAAUCAACCAAAUCAUCAAUUUAAUCAACCACCACAACCUCAUCCACAUAUUGGUCCUAUCUCCUCAAACAAAUCCUUUUUUGAACAAUUUGAAAAUUUUAGUAAAAAAAUUGAAGAUUUAAUUGAUCAAUAUUUUCAACCUUUAAAGCCAUACGUACCAGCAAUUGGACGUGCUUUUUUAGUUGCUACAUUUUAUGAAGAUACAAUUAGAAUUUUUUCACAAUGGAAUGAACAAGUUUAUUAUUUACAUAGUUAUCGUAAAUUUUGGAGAUGGUUUGUUGUAUUAUUUUUAAUUAAUAAUAUGUUAAUAAUGUCAAUUUGUUCAACUUUGGUAAUUUUUAGAAAGAAGAAUAAUUUUGCUACAAUUGCGUUGAUUAUUGUUGUUCUUGCACAAGGAAUCGCAUAUGGUUUAUUAUUUGAUGGUCAAUUUAUAUUAAGAAAUUUAUCAGUUGUUGGUGGUUUAGUUCUUGCAUUUUCUGAUACUAUAAUUAGAGAUAAACGAUCAUUAAAUAUGCCGGGUUUACCAAUGUUGAACAAUCAAGAUAAUAAGAAAUAUUUCUUACUUGCUGGUAGAUUAUUAUUAGUCUUGUUGUUCCUUGGAUUUGUUUUCUCAUCUGAAUGGUCAUUAGGUAGAGUUUUGAUUAUUCUUGUUGGUUUAUUAAGUUGUGGUUCUAUUAUAAUUGGUUAUAAGACUAAAUUUGCUGCUGCUGUUAUGUUAGUAUUAUUAUUUAUUUAUAACUUAUUUACUAAUCAAUUUUGGACUUAUCAAGCACAAGAUGCAAGAAGAGAUUUUCUUAGAUAUGAAUUUUUUCAAGUUUUAUCAAUUGUUGGUGGUUUAUUAUUGGUUGUUAAUGCUGGUGCUGGUGAAUUCUCAAUCGAUGAAAAGAAGAAGAUCUAUUAG